CUGACGUCCACACAUCAUCCAUUUCAAGUGGCUUGGCUGAAGAUCAGUCCAAACUCUAGUUCUACGAUACAUUCAGCUUUCGUUUUUGCAAGGAGAGGGUCGUGUGCUGACACUUGAGCCACGCCUUCCGUCCGUUACUAUGUCGCCUCUGCAAUGUCUUCCGAGCGAUAUACUGGUCAUUAUCAUGCACUAUCUUGAUGUCCGGCACCUCGAUAUCCUCUCUAGAACGUGCAAGACUCUACACGCUGCUGCAACGCAAUUUGGUUGGGCUGAUCAUCUGCGCUUGAAUCCGCGGCGAUGCUGGAGUCUGUCCAAGGCACUCGAUCGAUGGGAUGCCCGUUCGCAAGUGAAGUAUCAUACACUCUCAGAUCGGGCAUGGGCACGUUGCGAAUUCGUCGCACGACCUUUGCAACGGCCUUGGUAUGGGAAGUUGCAGCCGCUACUGGCUAUAAGCAACUCCAGGUUGAUCGUAGCGGCUGGCAAUAACCUCUAUUCCUACGGUUUUAGUACGGCGGACACAAACCUGGCGCCUGCGAUACAUCACGAAUGCACAUACACAUUCAGCAGCCUGGAAGCAGAUCUUCGAGGUGACAUUACGGGGAUUGCUUUCGUCCCAGACGGAGGCCUUGACAGCACUCUGUAUGUCGGUUUCGAAGACGGGAGACUAGAACGUGUUAUGCUGCCCGUGCCUAAAAGCGGCCAGCAUAAGGCUCUUCUUGAGGCGUCGUCUAGAUAUCUCCAAUACAUGGACUGGGAAGUCAUCGAGAGUUUAUCAGUCUCCGAUGACUUACUCCUGUCACUUUCGGCGGCAGGAACAGCGAAACUUUUUCGAUUACAUCAAGCCGCAGCCGCCUACGAGAUUUCGAGCAUCAACACGGAAGUCCGAAGUUGGUCGUCCUAUGUAUCGAGCGGAUCAUCGACGCCAUAUGCUGCCAUCGGUACCUCCUCCGCUACGCCCCUCGUUCUAUACUCGAUUACCAACUCCGAGAUAUCACCAACUCCGUGGGCCAUACUGCAAGCGUCGGGGAAGGACGCAGAUCGGCCCCGGUCAUCAGCUGUUUACGGCAUCUCGACAGCACCUCCCUCAUCCCCCUGGGGCGCGUCCGAACAGAUACUCGUUUCCGGCUGGUACGACGGGAAAGUUCGGGUCCACGAUCUUCGAUCGUCAACUCGUGUCGGUGGCGGUACCUCAGCACAGCCCGCGCCUUUAGCACCUGUCCUAUCCAUCUACGAUCCUUGGUCAUUCGAACCGAUAUACACGCUAGAUUGUGGAGGUGGUGCAUCUGCCCACAUUGCCGCCGGUUCGGCUCGCCACAGUGUCGUCGCAUUUUGGGAUGUUCGGUCCCCUAGCUCUGGCUGGAGUGUCCAUGCGCCAGGCAACGAUUCAUCUCCAGUCUACUCGCUUAUCCUGGAAAGCUCGCGCCUGUUCGGUGCCAAUCAGAGCAGGUCUUUCAUUUACGACUUUGUACCCGGAGUCACGCCAAGUACCUAUCCGCGCUUGCCAGUGGAUCGUAACGAUGGCCUGCAGCACAAGAAAGAUUGGGAUGGGGUCGGAUACUAUGUCACGAAGUAUCCACACAGUCGUGGUGAAGUCUGA